AUGGUAGAUCAGGAAGCGAUCAACAUCAUGUCCAGCCCCAAGACGCUCGACAAGCCGAAGCAGUCUCCGUCUCCGUCUCCGUCUCCGUCUCAGUCUCCGUCUCAGUCUCCGUCUCCCUCGCCCAAGCCGCCGCCCUCCCCUCUCGACGACUCUGCCCCGGCCGCACCUAUUGAUGAGUACUCCACGAAUACGCAAAUCCCAUUCAGAUGGACCGACGACGAUGCCGACUCGGCUUUGGGCGACGAGGCCAGUGUUCUUUCUUCGACUGUUUCCUUGAGUGAGAGCAUCUUCAACUACCGCAGCCUCCAUGGCCGCACGUACCAAAACUCCAACACCACCGAGUACUGGGGUCCAAAUGACGACGAACAGAACCUGGGGCUCGACAUUGCCCACCAGUUCAUCACCAUGCUCCUAAACGACCGGCUCUUCGAGGCCCCGAUCCCCGAGAGGCCGGCCAAGAUCCUCGACGUCGGCACCGGGACGGGCAUCUGGGCCAUCGACAUGGCCGACGCCUACCCGUCCUGCGAAAUCAUCGGCACCGACAUCAGCCCCAUCCAGCCUCUCUGGGUGCCCCAGAACCUCAGCUUCGAGAUCGAGGACGCCCAGCUCGACUGGACCUUUGGCCCCGCCACGUUUGACUUUAUCCACAUGCGCGCCCUGUACGGGAGCAUCAGCGACUGGCGGCGGCUCUAUCGCCAGGCGUACACGGCCCUCAAGCCCGGUGGCUGGCUGGAAAACUUUGAAUUCACAAUAAACCUGCGCAGCGACCUGCCCGAGAUCAGGGACGACCCCGACCACAUCUUCAAGCGGUGGAGCACCGUCUUCAUGGAGGCCAGCGACCGCAUGGGCAAGAGUCUGCGCAUCGGCAUGAACGGCCGCAUGACGAGGUACAUGCGGGAGGCGGGUUUCGAGCACAUUGCCCACAAGCACUACCAGGUGCCCGUGGGCGCAUGGAGCACCGACUACACCUACAAGCAGAUUGGCCUGUACAACCUGACCUUUAUGGAGAACAGCCUGGAAGGCUUCGCGCUGUACCUCUUGAGAGAGGUCAUGGGCUGGGAGUACGCGCGCGUCCAGGUCUUCCUGGCCGAGAUGAGAAGUGCGCUGCGGAAUGCCAAGAAUCGGCCCUACUAUCUUGUGUGA